AUGGAAAAAGAGGCUUCUGGAUAUACAGCACAUGAAAGUGAAGAUGAAGUUAUUUUACGAAUGGGUACCGAAUUUCGUGUAAAAAGUGAUCCAUUGGAUCAAUCAAAUGGUUCAUAUGUUGUACAUUUAAUUGAAACUGAUGAUAACAAUGAUCAACCAUUAGCACUGAAUAAUAGUAAUACAACUGUUAAUAUUCCUGCCAAUGCCACAUGGGCACAGAAUGGAACGGCUGUUGCUAGAGGCAAUGUAGGAGACAAUGCCACCAAUCAACUCAACUGGCCGCAAGGCUUCUUCGUCGAUGAAGAUCAAACAGUGGUUGUUGCUGAUACGGGGAAUCAUGGUAUCAUUCAAUGGAAGAACGAUGAUACGGCGAACGGACAAGUUGUUGCUGGUGCCACGGGCCAAGGAAAUGAAAAUCAACCAAUUGAAUGA